AUGUCGGAUGUGGAGACUGCUUCUUCAAUCAAGUCCUCCCAAAACCUUUCUGUUGCUCCACCUAGACCUCCACGAUCGCUGCGGGAAAAAGUACUUACAAAAUCCAGUUUAUCAAAAGCAACACCUAGCGAGAAGUUGUCGCAGCCAUCAUCUCAUCCCGCAACAGGAAAACGUCCAGCGGACUCUGCUCCGACAGACGCAUCUACAACAAGAAAAAAUGCCUCUUCGCACACCCCCACUCUGGGAACUAAAAUGUCGCAAACUUCAGUUAAAAGCGACAGCUCGAUCCGAUCCUGCGUUUGUGACCCGGUAGAUGCGGCUAUCGACAAAGUAGCUAACUGGAAGCAGGAAGAAAUUCCUCCACUUCCAGUUUUAUCCGACGAAGAACUUUCGAUCACAUCUGCGCCGGAAUCACCACUAUCGGAGGCACCGGAAAAAGGAAGACCCAGCCUGCUUUUUAACUCCAACAGGCGACUGGGGGUGGAAAUGGAUAUGGCAACAAAAGAAGCGAACGAAAUGCUUCUGAGAGGGAAGGAAGCGCUAGAAAUGGCAGGGAAUAUGAAGAGGGAGUGUAAGUUAACAGCUUUGGAGAGUCUGCAGUCCCUCUACGAGAUGGUCCUGGCGCUGUCAGAUUCCAGAUCUAGACAUAAGCAUAAUCUAGAAAGGGAACGCUCACGCAACGCUCAAGAACUAACGCGAGUGGAGCGCGCCCAUAACAAGAUCAUCACCCAGCUUAUGAAGGAAAUGGCUUCCGAACUAGGCCAUGCCAGGACAGAUAUAAAAAAUACCCUCCAGGAAUCCAAGGCGAUACGGGGUUGGUUGAACUUCGAAACCCAAGAGCCCUUCCACAAAACGAGCGACCUACUCAAAGCUGUGACGGACUUAGACAAGCGCAUAGGUGUGAUUCAGUCGAACUUGAGUCAGCAGAAGCAAGAAGGUGCAGACAACAUUUUAUCUCACCUAAGAGUGGACCUUACUGGAGUAAAAUCUAGUGUGGAAACACUCAAACUUCAAUUGGACGAAAUGCGCAGAGUCAUCGAAAAGUCCGAAAACAACACCAAGAAGGUUCUGGAGACCGGCCAAAAAACCCUGCUACGCCUGGAGUCACCACCAUCCCACCCCCUCAGAGGAAAUAAGUAA